CAGAAACGAGGGGAAACGAGGUAUGCGAGGGAUGAGAAGAAAGAAAGAAAAAAAAAUGCACAGAAAGCGGUUGGAUUAAAACGUUUGAGGUAAAAUUUUCAUUCGCAACAGAAAAAGGAAAACCCCGUGUGGCGUCGAACAAUUGGUGCAAAGGGUUUUAAAACUGCUUGAAACGGAAAGAUUUAAAGCCUCCCUUGCUAGUGAUUUUGCGCUACUUUUGUGUCACGCGUCCCGAAAACGAACGUUAAAUUAAACUUUGCCACUGUUUGGUGUGCUCGAAGUGUAUAAAUAAAACACAUUGCUGCACGCCUACUGCUCGUUGCUGUGUGGUUGCCUGCUCCUGCACAACAGCAAACAAUGUUUGGCAACGAACGGCUGAACGGCACCAGCCCUACCACCAAGAAGGAAAGCUCUACCGACCACCACCAGCAGCAGCAGCACGAGGAAAUGGGCUGCUCUUCUGCCGGAUCCACCGGGACGACCCUGCCGACCGAUGCGAGACCUUCGUUCGCGUCCGUCUUUACGAUCGAAAGCAUCCUCGGGCUCAAUCAGGACUCGAUCCCACACAAGGCGGGAGCUGGCCCACUGCACGACAAGCUGCUGUCGCCCGUGCCGCAGCGGCUGGACGGCGGUGCGGCGUACGAGCUGGAGCAGCACACCAAGCAGAGCCUGUCCAACUACUUCCGCUGUGCCGGGGCCGGUACGCUGCACCUUCCCACCAGCCACCAGUCCGACGCGAACAUGCUGCCCACGAACAUACUUGGCAUAGCAUACCCCUCGUCCUGCCACAACUAUCUGCAGCCGGACCUGUUCGCCGCCCAUCUGCACCAGCAGGUGGGGCUGGUCGCCUGCAACGGUAACUUCCGGCCCCGGUACCCAUUUCUGAAUGCGGACUCGCACAUCAAGCGGAAGCGGCGCCACCGGACCAUCUUCACCGAGGAGCAGCUGGAGCAGCUGGAGGCCACCUUCGACAAGACGCACUACCCGGACGUGCUGCUGCGGGAGAAGCUGGCAAUCAAGGUGGACCUGAAGGAGGAGCGCGUCGAGGUUUGGUUCAAGAAUCGGCGCGCCAAAUGGCGCAAGCAGAAGCGGGAGGAGCAGGAACAGUUCUCCAACUACGAAAUCAAUAGCAAAAUUCGAAAGCUCAUCAACAUCCCGGUGUCGGCGCAGGAGAAGCUGCGCCAGCUGCAGACCGGCAUCUUUGCCAAGGACAAACAGCAGCAGCAGCAGCAGCUGGUGCUGCCGAAGUGUGACGAGCUGCUGAGCAACAGCAACAGCGACGCGUCGGACGUGGAGGUGGUAUGAUAAAGUGGGAAAGCGGUGGAGGGCACAAACAACCAAAACACUAACCAAAAAAACUGGUAAGGCGAUCGAGAGAGAGAGACGGAGGAAAAGACAGAGAGAGAGGGAGGUCCUGGAAGGAACGGUGCUUUUCAUUGUGGGGCAAGGGUGGCAAAAAAACGGGGAAUAUUAAAUGUAAGACUAGAUACGGUAGAGUAACAAUUUAAAUUAAAUGCAAAACCACACCUGUGGUGCACGAGUCGACAACACGGCAAAGCAAUUGGAAGCUUGUGAAAGCUCCGGGAUUUAAUCGUACCGCAAAUCACAGCAAGCCCCCCCUGUACAUGGACGCAUCGGUGUUUGAUGUUGUUUUUUGCUUGUUUCUAUUCAAUUCAGAUGGUAAUAGUCAGUCCGUCUGAAGCAAGAGAGAGCAAGAGAGAGUGAGAGAACGAUUGGACAGUGCAGUAGCAAUGACAGCAAGUGUCAGUUUUUUUCUAAUCUUAGUACUUAAGCACACAUUGAAGUAGUCGUAGCAGGCAAUAAGUAAUACAUUUCCCCGUCUCUAGUGUAGAUUUGCUGCUCCCGUAGAGCUGUUGUAGAUUGUAAAUGGAAAUCAAAGCAUUUUACUCACAUUUGCAAAGGGAGUGAAUCAUCUCAGAGCUACCUACCUAGCACCGAGUACUACUCAACCUCAACCCAUGCUAAGCUAAAUCAAAAUCUUCCCCUUCACAAAUCCAGGCAGGCAUAAAUUCUACUUCCCGUGCAGCCCGUAAACUUCAAAAACGAGCGGGGAAAACAGUUGCAAACACACACGUGCCCGAUACAGGAAGUCCAUUUCGGGCACGUUUUGUGGCCGAGCUUAACCGAAACACUACAACGCACCACCAUCAUAAACCAAUCGCAAUUAGCUAAUGGGGCCUGUGCCGGUAACGCCAUCUUUCUUUCAGCAUGCCACGGAUUGGGAAAAGAUUAAAUUACGGGCGUCAAUGUUUAGUUUAGGAGCUGCAUAAUUCACGCACACACACACACACACACACGCACACAUGCAUACUACCGCGAGAGACUGCGAGCAAUGGGGGGAAUGCGGGCAAUGCUUCUAUCGUGCAAUAAUUAAUACUUACCUAAUAGAUAUCGCGACAGUGUGUGUGUGUGUGUGUGUGCAAGUGCGUGUGUGUAGAGGAGCUAGUGUAUAAAAUUAUAAAAUUAUCAACACAAACGAAGCAGAAAAUUUGCAGGCUUAAAUGAAACUUCCUCUUAAUUCUACACCUCCCUCUCACAAUUUCGGUUUUAGAAAGGUGUUCCGGGUGAAAGGAAUGAAAUAGGAUAGCAAUGUUCUACGCAUUGCAUACAUUUAGGCGAACGUUGCAGCGCUAUAUCGCUAAGACGCCCAAAUGUAUGCAACGCCGUGCAACAAAUGAAGCUUAUUUACGUGCACCACUCGCUGGAGCGGGAUAAUGAUUCGUUUUUCCGUGUUUGGGGAUUGUAAAAUAAUACCUUGCCUGCCGUGCGCAGCUUAUGUCUAGCAUGUAUCUGUAUAUGUAUAUGUGUGAGUGUGUCUGUUUGUGUGUGCCCGUGUGUACGUGCGUGGGCUGUUCCUCUUGUGGCCACUAAAACACAGCAGUAGCAGCAGGAGCAGUAGUAGUAGUAACGCAAACGUACUAAAACCAAUAUCCGAACGCAAAUAAUCUUCCCUGUUGUGCAAAAAAAACGACCCCUAUCUGUGCGAAUCCCGAGUUUAAUAAACCGUCUAACAAUAUAAUAGUAACACUCUCUGCUUGUGUGUGUUGGCGUUUUGUGCUCCAUCCUUCCUUAACGAGCGCCUCAUCCUCCCCGGCCUCAAACCUCAAACUCAUCAAACAGAACAGAACAAUCAGCAACAGAUGACCAGUCCCAGGUCCCUACAGUCCCUUGUCCCCUUUUGAUUCUCUCCCUUUCGUACUCGUAUCAGCACGAUGACAGUUUCGAAACCGUUCUCAACCGCCUGUCUGCUGCCCAAACUACUAAAUGUUUAAUGCGCCCGUAAGUCGCAGUGGGAAUUGGCUCUGAAAGCGGGGGCCCGUCAUCGCUCCGUCAUUGGGGGCGUGGGGCCGUUUGGUGAUUUGCUGAGAUUUCCUGAGAGCUACCUCCCGGUCUCGGGCCCAGAUUCCCCGGAAGAAGGGUACAGCACGGGCCCAACAGCAUAUUGCAAGCAAAUUGACGACCGAAGGACCGAUUUUCUUUACGAUGGUAUUUAAUUUGAUUUUUCCACUCUCCUCUAGUUCCUCCCGAUGCUCGUUUUUGUGUGUCCUUGGGUUUGGGUGGGCGCGAUCGACAAAAACACUACAGCUACACAGCGGUCGGCGUGUUGUGAUAAAACCGGCGCUCCGCAAUGACCGGACACCGUACCACGUGGAAGUGAAAAAAUAUCCCUGCGGGGCAACAUCGACCAUUGAGGCUCGAGGUCGAGCGCAAAGGGUGAUAAUGAAAUAUCACAAGUCUGUUUUUUGGAGAAGUUCUUUUUCUUCGAUCUCAAUCCCCCGCGCACGCUCUCUCACUCCCUCCCAUGUCUAUUGCCAAAGGGGCGUUUUCGGAAUUCAAUUAUGGCAAAUGGGAGGGAAGGGUGGAGAUGUUCACCAUCGCCGGAUGAGACGCUUUGCCGACAGACCGAAUCAGCUCGCGGAAAAUCAGUAUCGUGUUGUAUUUGGUUGGUGUGUGUGUGUGUGUGUGGAGCAUAAUCCUUCUUGUGGGGCGCACAUCAUCAUCAUCAUCGCCGGUACGCUACGCUAACAUGCAUCAUCGUAUUUAUCCAUCAAAAUGUGCCGAUGUUCGCUUUCGGCGAUUCGAAUCUGGCAAACUUAAACAUGAACCCCUUCCCCCCCCCCUCCCCUUCCCAACGGCCCACGGGGGGCCGACCGAUUGACGACAGCUCGCGUCUAUCGUCGAUCGAGUAGAGUCGAGAACGAUGAUUGAAUGUCGAUAAAUAUGUUCCCCCCCGCUUCCCCCCUCUUCCCUCCACUUGCUUCGAUCACCGAUUUUCCGAGGGCACAUGGAGCUCGGAAAUAAACACGUAGCUUGUUGUUUUUUCUUUGCCAUCCAUUAAAUUUUGAUCAAACAGUCCGUUCGGGUCCGCUG